AUGAUGAACGGCGGCCUCUACGAGGAGAGCCCGCCGCCGCCGCUGCAGCAGCCGGGCGCCGCCGCCACUCCGCUCGGCAACACGUCGCCCGCGGCGCCGCCCCCGGCCACCACGUCCGCCUCCUCCACGUCCCCGUCCUCCGUCUCCAGCAACAACAACAACGGCGGCGGCGGCGGCGGCCCGCUGCACAUCCCCGCCAAGCGGCUCGGCUACGGCGACUGCCCGGAGGCGGCGGGAGGCGGCGUCAUCCGGCACUCGCACCACGGCGCCCAGCCCUGGAGCUACAGCCCGGCGGCGGACACGCACCACGCCAGCGCCGCCGCCACCGCCUUCGAGCCGGCCGGCCUCAACCACCACCAGUACCCCCGCGCCGCCGCCCCCACCUACUACAACCUGGCGGCGGACGCGGCGGCGGCGGCGGCGUCGUCGGGCCGCAAGGCGACGGCGCUCGCCUUCUGGAACCCGGGGGCGGCGGGGGCGGCGGCGGCCGCGCCCGAGUACAAGUACAACCCGGCGACGGGCGCCGGCGGCGGCGGCGACCCGGCGGGCGUGUCCUCCUGCCACCAGGCGUCCUUCUCGCAGGGCUGGGCCUGCAACUACGCGCCGUACGCCGCCUCCAGGCACCACCCGCACCACGCGGAGGCGCACCACCACCAGCCGCCCGUGCCUUACCUGACGCCCGCCGACGACCGGGGGCGGGCCGUGGCGGCGGCGGCCAUGGCGGCGGCCGAGGGCUUCCAGCACGACGGCUACGGCCUGCGGAACUACGGGGGGCCCGAGCCGGUGCCCUCCACCCCCUACCCGCCCCCAGGCUCGCUGGGCAUGGGCGUCGGCGUGGGCUCCGGCUCCAACCCGCUGGAGUGGACCGGCCAGGUGACGGUGCGCAAGAAGCGCAAGCCCUACUCCAAGUUCCAGACCCUGGAGCUGGAGAAGGAGUUCCUCUUCAACGCCUACGUGUCCAAGCAGAAGCGCUGGGAGCUGGCGCGCAACCUCAACCUGACGGAGCGCCAGGUGAAGAUCUGGUUCCAGAACCGCCGCAUGAAGAACAAGAAGAACAGCCAGCGGCAGGCGGCGCAGCAGGCCAACAACAACAACAACAAUAACAACAACAGCAACAGCAACAACAACAACAGCCAGAACCACCACGGGCACCACCCGCACGCGCACCACCCGCUGCCCGUGCAGAACCACCACGCGGUGGCCGCCACGAACGGCGCCGUGUCCGUGAAGCACCACCAGUGACCCAUGGCCUUCUCUGGAGUUGUCUUCGGCCACACGCACCACCACCACCACCACCAGUUCCCGCCCGGCGUCGCCACGUAAGGCGCCACCGGGUGGAGCUCUCCGGUCCGGCCGAAGACGAGCAGGAUGAACCCUACAUCGACCCCAGAGGACUAGCCCUGGUCGUCCUGUCUCGUGGUGGUGCCGGCGUGAAACGAGGCCGAACUCUGUUCAGCUGUUCUCCGCGAACAAACACAACUCCAGAGCACAACCACUUUUCAUUUACUUUGCAACGUUCUCAGAAGGUACAAAAACUUUAAAAAGUGUUACGUUAUCGUGGACGUCAUUUUUUUUUUGGAAAAAGGGGGGGGGGGGGGGGAAAUAAAGGUUGAACUUGUUAAUAUAUAGGUGUUAACAAAUACAUAAAGGAAAAUUUAUAUUUCGGAACACUUCUCAUCGGUGUCUGACAAUUUUUUUUUUGUUAAUGAGCUAGUGAAUGUAUUUUAAAACCGCAUCAUUUGUAUUACUUCCAAACUUUCUCGUCGUUAAAUUUACUGUAAUAUUUGUAGGCACACCAUUAGCUUAAAUGCUCAGAAUAGACUCUUAAUAGGAAGUUGGUUUGGAAAGUUAAAAUGUUGCCAUGUUCAUGUGUUUUUACCAUAGGUCUCUAAUAAUAUCUCUUUAUGAAAAAUAAAAUUAUCGGAAUGAAAUUGAAUCCGUCGGCUCGUACGAAAUGUUUUAAAAAUAAAUGAGUAGAUCUAAUGAUUUUGAUUUCAUCAGAUAAUAAUUCACUCAUAUUUAAAUUCAGUAUUUAGACCUUCAGUUUUUACAACUGCGAAUCCACUUUCUUUUAUACUUUUAUGAUUCUGAAAGUGCCAGUGUACUUACACGGAGUAACCAUUAUUUUGUUACUCUAUAGACAAUUAAUAACAUAAUUUAAUUUAUUAUUAUUUUUAAAACACUAUUUAGAUGUGAAACUAUUGUUGAUUAUUUUGUUUUGUUUGGAUGAUUGUUUAAUUGAUUCAAAUAUUACACCUACUUAUCGUUAAAUUCCAAACAUUUUAACCUCAUUCAACAAUGCCCUAUCUGUUAAGUAUCUAAGUUAUAAAUUGUUUGAUAGUAAAUUUAUUGCGUGUUUAAAGAAUUGUGAUACCUUUCAAAAAGUUUUGUCUUUGGUACGUUUAUGUUAAAUAAAAUGAAAACUACAUCCAUAAUGUUACUGAAAAUUUUGUAUGUUAAAGUUGCUGUUACUUCUUUCGAAUUAUUGUCCGAGCAAAGAGUUAACUUGAUUUUAAGGCUGAUUAUUUUAAUUGUUACAUGAAAUAUAAAUUUAUAUUAUUAGCUUUAUACCUACCCGAAUUAAUGUAUUCUAAUGUUCCGAUUUAGGUAAGACCAAAUUGUUAGCUAUCUUAUAAAAUUUAGUUUAUCAUAAAAUUUUGUUGUAUUUUAUUGAGUAGGUGAAUUUUAUGAUUUUGUUUUGAGGCGGUGGUAUACAGACAGGAUCGCAAUGUUAUUCCUAGCAAAGUAGUUUCGCUAUGAAAAUAAUCUAAUAUUUAUGCAGUAUUUCUUCUCCUAUCUUGUUUAGUACUAUAGAAAAUCAUAACUGAUAGGAAUUAACUAGUAUGACCAGCAUUGUUAAAUGUGCUUAUUGUGUACGCAGGAGAAGAAUGGAAGAUUGUUUUCGAAAUAAACAAUACAGUAUCAUAUGAAAAAUUAAAGAAUUGUAUAUGUUUUGUGAAACCAAUGUGUCGUGUGCAUGUCAAUGUUACAUAUAUAUGUCUGUUUUAGGAACAUCAAUAUUAGGGAAACAGCUGUACACUGUGUGAUUGAUCAUUCACCUUGAAGAUUACUGAUAUUUUUUUAAAUAUUCAUUUUAUAUAAAGCCUUUUAAUGAAAAAUAUCGAUUAUAUUUGGAGGCACAAAAUUAUCAUUACUUACCUUCCAUAUAAAUUUCAAUAUCCAUCAACAUUCCCUUUCCUAAAUGAUACGUUAAAAUGUAUAUCUCUGCACCAGAAAGAUUCAAAAAUUGUUAUUAGCAUUUGAUGAAACUUGAGGACACGUAGUUUACUAACUACCUUUAAGAUGUUUUAGCCUCACACGAUGUACAGAAUAUAUGCAAGCCCUUUGUCUGGUAUUUCCAGUAUUCUAACGAAAUACACUGUAAGUCUUGUAAGUGGAAGACUAUUUAAAGUUAUAUUUGUAUUGUGAACACACUCAAAACUUUCAGAGGUUUUAAAAAUUUCUAGUAAGCCUGUGUUGUAUCAUACUUUCUUAAUGAUAAACAUUGUCAGUUUAAUUUCUUGACAGUUUGAUUAAUGGCAAACAAUGUGCACAAACAGCUUUACAAUGCCUGCUCCUGGCAUAAAGUUAGACAACUGUAAGUUUAUUUUCAAUACAUUUAACAAAUGAGUUUGAUAAAUAUAAGAACUACGAGAAAUAAUAAAUUAACAUGCACUGAAAUAUGAAACAGUUUCCAAGCGUUUGGUAAGUUAAAUUGUUCACAACUAGGUUACUGAAGUUCAGCGAUGGUAUUAAUGUAAGUUGGAACGAUAUUUAAAUAUCGUAAUCUCAGCUGUUUUGCGAUUUAGUUAUGGAAUGUUAUUGUUUUAUACAACGUUUGAAUAUUGUUCGAAAACUUAUUAAAUUUGAAGCUUACUAAUGUUCUUAUUGACAAUUGAGUUAUAAAAUUCUGCAAGAUAGCAAUAUAAGGUGAUAUGUUUGAGGAAAUUUCAUUUAUAUUUAAUAUGAAUGCAUUAUUUAUGUUUUUAUGAUUAAACUAAAAUGUGCAAUACUUUGUUUCAACGUAAAAAAUAUAUCAGAUGACUGGCUGAACUAUGUUUGAUGAUAAUUGUCUGUUUAGGUGUGUAUUGUUAUAGUAAUUACAAGUAAAGUUUUUAAAAUAAAUUGAUUUGAAGAAGUAAUUAAAAAAAUUAUAAUAUUACAAAAUUGAAACACCAACAUGUCCAAAAUUCUAAUUAUUUCCUAUACUUUAUCCUUCUUAAUUUUCUAAAAUAAACAUUUUCUGCUUAGGAAAUUAUUUAGGAACCCAGCAACUUUGGAUAUAAAUGUCAUUGUACAUUUUUUAUAAAUUUGCUAUUUUUUUUAAGUGUAGACGUUUUACGUUUAUCUAUGUUAUUAAUGGAUUUAUAUUACUAUGAUAAAAACACAAAGUUUGGUUGUUUUCAUUAUUAUCUUUGUUGGGCACAUUUACGUGACCCAAGUUGUUUUAUUAUUUUUGUCAAUGUAUAUUGUAAAUAAAACGAAAAAUAUUUACA